CGUUGCCCAUGACACCAGAGCAAAGUUGUGACAGCUGAUUUCCCCCAAAACUCAGCUUUCACCCCCUGAAACCCCUAAAAAAAUCAUCUUUUUUAUACAGUACUGACAGUCGGUGUGUGCCUCAGCUCGUCUCCGGCUGGACUUGCAGACGUCGCCUUGAACAGAGGAGAGCAGCUGAUUAUGGUGUAGCAAGGAGCGCUAGCAGGCAUUUGAGCAGCAGUGCAGUGCAGCGUGGGGGCAGACCGAGGCAGAUCACAGCAGCGUAGCCAUGCUUACACUGGCCAGGAAGCUGAAGAGGGACGAUGGAGGAAAGACGGGCCGUGCCUCCGGAGCCUCCGACUCCACCCACAGGGUCUCCAUACGGGACCGCCUCCUUACCAAAGAAGUUGCAGAACUUGAAGCCAAUCUCCCUAGUACAUGUAAAGCCAAUUUCCCAGAUGAGGACAAACUGCAUCAUUUUCAGUUGGCAGUGUCUCCUGAUGAGGGUUACUACCAAAGUGGAAGGUUUCAGUUUGAAAUAGACGUCCCAGAAGCCUAUAACAUGGUGCCUCCUAAAGUGAGAUGUCUGACCAGAAUAUGGCAUCCUAACAUAACAGAGAAUGGCGAGAUCUGCUUGAGCUUAUUGCGGGAACACUCUAUUGAUGGCACAGGAUGGGCCCCCACCAGAACAUUAAAGGACGUGGUCUGGGGAUUGAACUCUUUGUUUACUGACCUGUUGAACUUUGAUGACCCAUUGAACAUCGAUGCAGCAGAACAUCAUCUGAGAGACAAGGAGGAUUUUCGGAAUAAAGUUCAAGAUUACAUCAAGCACUACGCCAGAUGAUAGAAGCACCGACUACUUACAUCAGCUUGCACCAACCAACCAAACUGCUCUACCUUGCCUCUGCUUAUCUUGGCCAAUUCCUUCCCCCCAACACACCAAGCCCCCCCCUCACCCCCGAUGUGCGUGAAUCAGCAGCUGACUCUUUGACUCAUACUACUCUCUUCCUCUGAUACCACUGCCCCACCAAUGCCCCCCCCCAUCCAUCCCUCUGUUCCCCCCAGUUGCAAUAAACUCCACAUUGCAGGAACAAAAUAAAAAAAAGAAAAAAAAAUGACGUGUUUGAAGAAGGACUUAACUCUACAAAAGAAAAUACGCUUUAAUUAUCCUAUUUGAUUGAGUGUUACAAGGACAAGAGUUCAUUGUGGGGAGAUCACUGAAUGACGCCGCCUCGCUAAGGUGUCCCUGAGCCUGUCAGAAAGCACGAACGGGCAAGGGAUGUGAUGAUUCACCGGCGUAAAAAAAAACGAAAUAAAUAAAUAAAAGAAAGUCACAUUUAGCUGUUUUAAAAUUUGACAAAUUAAGAGAAAGAAUAUGUUACUAUCAGUUCUCUGUUCCAGUGCCUGCCAUGUAUGUGUUGCUAAAGAGAAAAUGCAUGUGAGUUCACAUACAUACAGACGCAGUGUCCCAUGUCCCUGUGGUAUAAAAUGAACGCAUAUACACAUUGUUGUCUAUUACUCACACACACACACAUAUACACACACACUCACGUUGGAAAUCCUGCAGUCCCGAGCCCCACUAGACAGCAUGUGAAUGACCAGUAUCAUAUCGUCCCAUUCUGUUGUCACUGUCCUUGCAUGUUCACACACUCACACACACACAUACAUACAAACACACACACAUGUACACACACUCAUGCAACUCUCAUACAGACCUUCUGUGUGUUUUCAGCUUAAUUGGGAUAAAGUACGACUACUUUACCACGGCCAAAUGUAUUGAACUGUGUAGCGCUUGUUCUCCCACUUCUCGUUUUUCAUUUGCCCUCCAUCUGUCUCUUCUUUUUCGCACACACACACACACAGUCACAGUCACAUGUACCUUUUUCCAUGGAGGAUGGAGAUGUUUAUUCAUACUGAUAUUAUAAUGCAAUCAGGAAGUAUUAAGAUAGCGACAGUGAACUUUUGUUGUGUUGGCUCUGAGAAAUUGACUGUCAAUGAGUAAGGGGCUGACUCAGCUUUAAUUUGUGGGUGUUUGCAUCCACUUAACAUUUAACAGUGUACAAAUUGUUGAGCUUUUUUAUUGCAGUAUCCCAGUUGGAUUGAGGUCAGUUUACUGAACAAUCCGGUUUGGCCAUAACUGAGUUUUUAUGUUCAGUAUCUUUGUCCAAAAAAAUUAGAGGACUGUGCACAGGAGGACCUACGAGUCCUACACUGUUCACCAAUUAUGGAUGGGGAUCGAUUUGAAACGCCCAGAAAGCUGAAAGUGCACCUAGAUCAUUUACUCUCGAUGUUGCCGGAGCACAGAGCCAAAACAACAGAAGACAUUUUACUCUCCUAAUAUUUGACGGCUACACUGAAGGUUAGGCUCUCAUGCUGGUUGCUGUGGGAGAUUUCGUAAGCUAUGCUUUAGAGCUUAUCUUUCUAGAGAAACGGUACUCCUGAAGUCUCUCUCUCACUUUGUGUGUAUAUGUAUGGGCUUUUUUUUUUUUCAUUGUCUGGGUGUGUGUGUCAGGAAAGAUCAGUGGCAGAGGUUCUGAUUUAAUCUCGAGAGCCGUUGCGCAUUGUCUUUUUCUGCUUUUGACAUUUCCGAACGAAUGGAGGCGCCUACCUUUACACUGCAAGUUACAUAUCAGGCUAAACAGCUAGUGAGCAAGCAAGUGGGGUUUCAUGCAAGUGUGCUAGCUAGGUAGUGAGCUUUCUAGUUAGCUAGCAGGAUAACAAGUGUUUGUUUUUCUGCCAGCCAGUGUGAGAGACACUUUCUUUUCACCAUGUAUUUAUAGUUAAUAUAACAUGGCAGGUUAACCAAUAACACACCCUCAAAGUUCUCUCGGUAGCCAGUUGGCGUUCUUACAAGUGAAUUAGCUCAUUUGCUACAAUAUUAGCUCACUCACUAGCUAGUUAGCUCGAUAGUUAAAGGUUUACUAUGCAGGAUUUUACUGAAAAACAAUGUAUAGAUUCACUAGAAGUGUGUGGCAGUGUAUUUAUCAGCAGAGACCUUCCUCUCUGCUUGUAUUUUCUUAUAUUAAAAUGAUUUUACUGUGUUUGGGAUGCUUCUGGGCUGCAACAUUUGAGCAGUGGGUGUGUAGCCCCCACCCUAUAACUGUUUGCAGGUUAUGAGCGACCAGGUUGAGCUUGUGUUUUUAUUUAUUUCCUCUGCUUCUCCGUCUCCGUCCUCUUCUGUGUGCUGCUCCUCUGCUGCCGGAGCACACGUACAGAGCAUAGAGUGAGUGCCUUUAUUUUUGCUUACAACAUAGCCGCGGUGAAACAAUCAGUAAAUGACCCUGUUCUUACUCUGAUUCACGGCUUUGUUCUUGCCAACACUGCUCGCUCUCUUCAUUCACUCUUUAGUUCUUGACCACUGCUCUCUCUCUCUCUUGAUCUCUCAUUAGGCCAAGGAGCAGGGAGCAACUUUGAAUGCUGUGUAUUUACAGAAAAAAAAGAAAAGAAAAAAAAAACAUGAACCAGCAAAUCCUGCAUAGUAUGCCUUUAAUUUGUGAAGGUGGCGCUGUUCCAUUGCUAUAUUGAGUAAUGCUCCAGACUACAUGACUCUGGGGAUUCGGAGCAAAUCAGAUAAGGUCAAACUGUUUUUUUGAACCUCUGCCAUUGUGGAAUAUGGCCAAUAGAAGCAAGUCCAUGUCCAUAUGUGUGUGUGUGUGUCUCAGAGACAGGAAGAGAGACCGUAUCACUGGCUCAUCCAGUGAUGCGGUCUUGUGUUUGUGUGUGUGUGCUAUAGCUAGCGUUGUGCCUCCGGUUUGAGUCGUUAUCUCUGAGCAUCAAGACUGUUCUCACUCCAUUCUGCUUUGUGUUCACAUGUCUGCAUGAGGCGAAGUCAAUGUGAUCUGCCAGCAGUGCAUUUUACUAAGGAUGUCAGAAAUGUAAUCGUUGAAGAUUAACUUUUUAUGUUUGAGAUUUGUGUAUGCGUGUGCGUGCGAAUGUAUGUGUGUGUGAGUGUAAAGACUGAAAAUCAGUGCUUGUAGAGUGUGUGUGUCUGUAUGUGUGUGUGUGUGUAUGUGAGUGUGUAGGCACUUACAGUAUGAUGUGUUGAAACAAUGUGACUUGUUAGCAUGCUCUGGCUCCCUCCUGCUCCUUUUUUUUUUUUUGUUGUUGUUCUUUUUGUUAUUCCGGCCCAGGGCUCAAACAGCUCAAAUUAUUAUUGUUUUCCGAAUGAUAGCAAACAGACGACAACAGACGACACUGGCCUCUGCCAAAGUAAAGAAGCUGACAAUACGACCAAGCAGAUGGGACUAUAGGCUUUUUCCCAGCAUGGUUUCGGUCCAGUCAAACCUCCAAGGCUAAAAGUAACUGCCUGUUAAAAUAAAGCCAUCAUGAGUAAUCACCGUGGCAGUUCGUUUUUUUUUUUUAUGGUAGUAUUUUCCUCUAAGGAUAUGGUAGCCCAAUACUUGCAGUAAUCUUAGCCUUACUAAUUCUCUGAUGUUAGCUUGCAUGCCCUUCAUUUUGGCAGUGAGCAGUGUUUUUUUUGUUUGUUUGUUUGUUUUUUUGUUUUUUUUGUUUUUGUCUCUGCUUGGGCUAGCUCCUCAUAUUUGGGCCAGGACAGAAGAUUGAAAACCUGUCCUUCUUCUUCAAAUCCUCAACCGUUUCUUUCUCAGAUUGUAUAUCCAUUUUUUAAGAUAUAUUAAAGAGAAUAUAAA